UUAAUGGUCAGGCGCGACGGGGUUUUCCUCCAAGGAAAUACAGGGGUCCUCUGAGUCGCUUUCGCUAACAAAGCAGGAUCCAAAAUGUCGGGAGAGGUAUAUCUCCUGUGGCUCCUCUCGCUCUUACAAACGCUGUCGGUGUAUGGUGCCGAGCUGUCGUCGGAGGCAUGCAGGGAGCUGGGUUUCUCCAGCAACCUGCUGUGCAGCUCCUGUGACCUGCUCGGGGAGUUCAGCCUCACUAAGCUCCAGCCCGACUGCCGGCAGUGCUGCCAGCAGGAGGCCCAGAUGGAAGCUCGCAAGCUUUAUGCUGGAGCCAUCCUAGAGGUGUGUGGAUGAAAACUGGGGAGGUUCCCUCAAGUCCAAGCUUUUGUCAGGAGUGACAAGCCGAAGAUGUUCAAGGGUCUUCAGAUCAAGUACGUGAGAGGCUCAGAUCCUGUACUAAAGCUUUUGGACGAUAACGGGAACAUCGCUGAAGAGCUCAGCAUCCUCAAGUGGAACACAGACAGCGUGGAGGAGUUUCUAAGUGAGAAAUUAGACCGGAUAUAGACACAAGUCCAACUUUUUUUUUUUUUUUUUAGUGAAAAGGUCACUUCAUCCAAACUACAAAGAAAAACAUGUUUUACUACUUGCUCUUUUAUGUAGCUGUGCAGAUAGUUUCUGUUUUAUGUGCUGAGGCUUUGAGAUUUCAGUCUCUGAGAAUUGUGCCUCUGCUUUCAGGUGAAUUCAGUUUUGUUUGUGUUGCUCACAGCACAAAAAAAUUACAUUUAAAAUAUUCAUCAUCAUCUUGUCUUUCCCGAAACUGUGUCCUGAUUACUGUAGAUGAAUCACCUCAUACACUGUCAGCAGUGGAAUUACAACUAUUGAAGAAAUCGUCUGAAUUAAAACUAAGAAACAGGGAAACUGUCCUGCAGCUGUAAAUGUAAUUUUCCAAUGUUUUAAGGACCACAGAUGAAAUUCCAUUAACCUCCAUUGUUUUUAUGUUGCAGCAAAAAUCUGAAGAGACAGAUCUUUUGAAACCUGAGUAAAUUAAACAGAAAACAUAUCUGCAUGGUUAGAGAUUACAGGGCCAAGUUAGAAAAUGUUUACCUCUAUUUUGGGUGAAUUGACCUUUCAGUUAUUUACCAAUUUGUACACAGCUCGGCCUUGAUAGAUGGUUGUUAAAAUGACUGCUCUCUAUGACUGUUUUUGUAUCUGAAAGUCAUGAAUUUCUUGUCUGGAUUUUACCAAAUAACUUAUGUGAGUGUGUGAAACAACACAAUCACAGAGCACAGCAGAAAUAAUGAUCAGCAUUACUGAUAAAUCAUGGAUGAAAUCUGCUCCAUGAGGUUUGAGAAGACUUAACGAUAGUACAUCAUGACCUGUUUAAUUGUCUGUCUGUGGGAGUCUCUGUUUCCCCUCUGUCUGUCUGAUAUUCUUGUAUAAUUAUUUUUUAUAAUGCUCAAUAUUGUGACUGAUGGGAUUUGUAGCAAGACUAAAUGGAUCCUAGCUGCUUUCCAAAUGCGGAUGUCUUUGUUUGAGGCACAUAUUAGUGAAGACCUCACAGUAAACCAGUGUUGGGAUGUGAGGUCUGAUGUAUAGUUGUGUUUUUCUGCAUCUUCUGCUUUGGAGAGAAACUGGAUUUAUUAUUAAUGCUUGUAUUGGAGAUGGAGGUUUAAAUAUGCAACAAUAAACAAAGUCUGAUGGUUUCUCUGCCAA